AUGGCUACCCCCAGUGUCCUUACCUUUGAUGCUGAGGGUCGUGCUGUUGACUUUGAGGUCUGGGUCAAUGACCUCCAGCUGUUCCUACAGUGCGAUAGGGCGGACGGACUCUCCCUAUUCGAUCUCACCUCUGGUGCCUCUCCUGCCCCGCCUGCUACUGCUGACAGCACUGCUCGCUCACAGUGGGCCACAUGCGAUGCUGCUACCCAUCUUGCUGUGCGUCGCCACUUACCGACCACUAGGCUCACCCGGCUCCCUGGCUCCCUUCGCUUAGUCAGGGACCACUUCCUCUUAGUUUGCCCCACCACACUCACCGUUGACCUCCUCGAGGAGCGCCUCCUAGCAGCAGAGAAGAGCAAAGUCGCUAUAGGAGCCUCUCGUGGUGACACUCACGCCCCCGUCUUUGAGGGGUGUUCUCCCUCCCCCCUCUUGCCCUCUGUUGCUUUUGCUGUUGCGGCCAACCUCGUUGGUUUCGAGUCAGUCGGCGCUGCGUCUGCCCCUAGCAGGAGACGCCGCACCGGCAAGGGCAAGGGGGCCAAGGGCACUGGAGGGGCUGGCGGGGGCGAUGGAGGUGGUGGUGGAGGCAGUGGAGGGGGUGGGGGUGGUGGUGGGAGUGGUGGCGGGGAUGGAGGUGUCAGUGGCAGCAGUGGAGGCGGAGGAGGCGGCGGCGGUGGCGGAGGGAGCGGAGGCGGUGGAGGUGGCGGAGGCGGUGGCACCACCAGUGGAGCUGGUCGCAAAUCUACGCAGAGGAGUGGUUCCGGUGGUGGUCUGCGACAGCAGCAGCAGCGCGCUCAUGAGACCCCGUCCCCUCAGCAGCUUCGUGAGUGGGCUGGGGUUGCUAUCUUUGAUCUUGAUUAUGAUGCUAUUCUUGCUGCCAUGUAUGCUGUGUCUAAUAGUGAUGAGGGUGACUAUUACCUGUGUGUUCCGCCUCACCCGGGCAUUGAGGCUGCUGCUCUAGGUGCUGGUGAGGCUGCUGCUCUAGGUGCUAGUGUGUUUGCUGCCCCAGGUGCUGGUGAGUCUGCCCUCUCAAGUACCACGUCGGUUCAGGCCUUACACACCUUCACCCUUGGCUCGGGUGCUUCCCGCUCCUUCUUUCGAGACCACACCACGCUUACGCUGCUUAGUCGGCCGGUUGCAGUCUCCCUGGCGGACCCCUCUGGGGGUCUUGUCCUUGCUAGCUUUUCCACUGUCUUAUCGUGUCCGGCAGCCCCCUCUAACACCCUGUCAGGUCUUUACCUCCCCUCGUUCUCUACGAAAUUGGUGAGUGGAGCUGAUCUACAGGAUAGGGGGGUUGACCAGUUCACUCCUGCGAGUCAGCGGGUGACCUAG